UUUUGAGUCAAAAUCCAAAUACUUAAAACCCUAACUCUUCUGUUUUUCUCCAUUUAUUCGCUCUCCCUGGUUCGCGUUCCUUCCUGGCUUUACUCUGCAACCAUAAAAAUUAGGGCUUCUGAUUCCCAGGAAGCUGAGUGAUAUUUUGCAGAGCAGGGUCGUGCUUGGGGAUUAGAAAAGAGGCUUUUUAACCAAUUAACAAUGGCUGAUGAUGAUUACAAUGAGAUGGAUGUUGGAUAUGAGGAUGAGCCCGUGGAGCCAGAGAUUGAAGAAGGUGCAGAGGAGGAGGAUGUGGAUAACAAUGAUGAUCUUGCUGGAGAUGCCAUUGAAACUGAUGACAAGGAAGAACAAGUACCAGUGGAACGGCCUCGCAAAACAUCAAAAUUUAUGACCAAAUAUGAACGGGCUAGAAUCUUGGGUACCCGUGCUGUACAAAUUAGCAUGAAUGCCCCUGUGAUGGUUGAGUUGGAGGGUGAGACUGACCCGCUUGAGAUUGCUAUGAAGGAGCUUCGUGAGCGGAAGAUACCCUUUACCAUCCGCCGCUACCUGCCUGAUGGAAGUUAUGAAGAUUGGGGAGUUGAUGAACUGAUUGUGGAAGAUUCCUGGAAGAGGCAGGUGGGAGGUAACUGAUCAGAUUAAUACAAGCAAGGAAAAUGUUUUGUGCUCUAAAUCUUGUUCGGAGGAUCUUGCUUAUGUCAUUUUGUGUUUUGGCACUGGCCCUAUGAACUACAUGUCAAAACACUAUUAUGUCAAGUAUGUUUGAAACGUUGGUGUAUGCUACUUUUAUGUCAAAUAUGUACUAGGUUGGCAGUUGA